AUGGGUGGUAGUGGUGGAAGAGGUAAUAGUUGCGUAAGUAGAGGUGUUGGUGGUGGCAUAGGUGGAGGUGGUGGAGGAGGUAGUAGUGGCACAAGUAAAGGUGUUGGUGGUGGUGUAGGUGGAGGUGCCAUUGGUGGUAUAGUUGGAUGUGCUAGUGGUGGCGUAGGCAGAGGAGCUAAUGCUGGCGUAGACGGAAGUGUUAGUAGUAGUGGAGAAGCAGAAAGUGGAAUGGGUGGUAGUGAAGGAGCAGGAGGUGGAAUGGGUGGUGGUGGUGGCAUGGGAGGAGGUGGAAUGGCUGAUGAUGGUGGUGGCGUGGGAAGAGGUGCUGGUGUUGGUGAUGGCAAACGUGGAGGAGCUAGUGAUGGCAUAAGCAGAGGAAAUGGUGUGGUUGGUGGUGGUGGCAUGGGCAAAGGUGUUGGUGGUGGCAUAGACAGAGGUGUUAGUGGUGGCAUAGGCAAGGAUGCUAAAGGUGGUGUUGGUGGAACAAAAAGUGGAGGAGUUGCAAAUGGUGUAGGUGCUAGCGAUGGUGGAAGUGUAAGAGAUGGAGUGGGUGGUGGUGGUGAAAUGUUAGAGGUGGUGUAA